GUAAAGGGCUAACCUAUACAGUAUAAAUAACGGGAUAAGCAACAUAAUUUCCAUAACAAACUCAAAACAUUUCGAUCUUGCAAACCUUGUGAAGACACCAAAUCUCAAAGAAAGAAAGCCAUGGCUGCCAAGUCUAGUAUUAAAACAACAUUAUCAUUCUUCCUAGUUCUGUGUUUAACCGUGAUUCUAUCUUUUACUUUGUCAUGCUUUGCUGAUCCCGACGAGCUACAAGACUUUUGUGUUGCUGACUUGAACGCCACCAAAAUUACGAUGAACGGGUUUCCUUGCAAGCCGCUGUCAGAAGUUACAAAUGAUGAUUUCUUCUAUAGUGGCUUGGUGAAUGAAGCAAACACAGACAAUCCCUUUGGGGUUGGGAUAAGACCAGGUGAUGUUACCAGUUUUCCUGCGUUAAACACCCUUGAACUCACGAUAGACGUACUCGACCUUGCACCUGGUGCAAAUGUUCCAGUUCACACACACCCUCGAGGAAGUGAAGCUAAUUUAGUCAUAAAAGGGAAAGUCCUUUUUGGGUUCAUAACCACUAAUAAUGUUUUGUACUCAAAGGUUCUGAAUGCUGGAGAGCUGUCUAUUAUUCCUAAAGGACUUGUGCACUUUGUAGAGAAUGUUGGACCAGAAAAGGCUGUCGUGGUAGCUGUUUUUAAUAGUCAAUCGCCUGGAGCUUCAGUAAUUCCUUUUAACCUCUUUGGUUCUAAGCCAGCAAUUCCUAAUGAUCUUUUGGCUAAAAACUUCCUAGUUGAUGAGAACGUCAUCGCCAGCAUUAAGUCUAAGUUCGGUAACUAAACAAAAUAACUAAUUGUGAUUCUUGCUUGUGUAAACUGUAUAUUUAUCCGAUUGUUUGUAAUACGGGACUCAUCGUCCCCUUGCUUCAUGCAUUAAGCAAAUUUCCUAAAUAUAAUUGAUAAAAUGGUAUGUCGUAUGUAAGUCGUAUAUCCAACUCGUGAAACAUAUAUAAAGUGAAAGUAAUAAAAGUGGCAUUCUCCUUGGCUUUGCA